AAACAUCCAAGAUGGCGUACAGAUUGCAAAAACAAAAUUAUGGAUGAAAGUGAAGACGAAGAGGUAACACAGACGAAUAAGCGAGGACAUGGAGGAUGAAUCACGAGAUGAAAUACAUGAGAGAAGUGUAACGAGUGAAGAGGAUGCAACAAGUGAAGAGGAUGCAAUACGUGAGGAAGAUAGCAGCCUGCCACCAAGUGAACAUGAGAUUCAUGACAAAAAUGAAGAGGUGGAAAGUGAAGAAAACACUCCAAUCCCAAAUGCACAGUCUCCAAUCACCAACAUGCCACAAUUUUCACCACCAGAACCAUUCUCUAAUAUGGAUACUGAUUCCGAUGUCGACCCAGAUAGUUUCCUUUCAGAAAAUGGGUUAACGAAUGCUGAAAGCAGUGAGAUGGUUGUACUAUGUGAAGACUCUGAUAUGGAUUCCGAUGCCGGAACCUAUGGUGAUGAUUCUGAUACUCUAGUCCACGAUAUUCCUCGUGAUCUGCCAUUGCAAGAAAGUAGAGAGCCGAAUAUGAAUGGUGAUGAAAUGCCUUUCACGGCAUUGGAAAACCCAGCUUUGCUCGUACCCCCUGUAAGAGAGGCUGGUGCAAGCGAGGUACGUCACAGCCUAAUAAUGCAAGAGAGUGAAGGGCGAGAAAUAGAGGAUGCUUCUAUCAUGGCACUGGAUGAAGACGAUAUUGCGGAGAUGGUAACUGAAAUGACUGGAACCCUCAUAGAAGAAAUAUAAAUUCACUAUAACUAUACUAGUUAAA